AGGAAGAAGUCGUCCUUCCGGAAGCCAGUAGCGUGUUUACUUUAUAUGUGCAGUUUCUAAGUAAAAUAUCAGGAUAAAUACUAUAUUUCUGUUUUAUUAAAAUGGCAGGUUUUUCGCAUAAUGUUUCAGACGACUUGUUCGACUCAAUUAUAAUGGCAGACGACAGGUUCCAUGUAGAUGGAUACCAUGAAGGAUUUGAGGAAGGAAUGCAGCAGGGAUUGAUCGAGGGCAGAAACCACGGCAUGCUUCACGGUGCCAAACUCUCAGCUGAGGUUUCUUUUUAUCAUGGCUUUGCACUCACAUGGAAAUGUCUUCUACAAAACACUGAAGAUGUUAAAGCAAGAAAACGACUGAAAGCUGUUGAGUCAUUGAAUGCAAUGAUCCAGAAGUUUCCGUAUGAAGACCCACAGUAUGAGAACCUCCAGGAACACAUGGAAAGAGUGAGAGCCAAGUUUAGACAGGUGUGUUCUUUACUCAGCGUGGCUGCAGACUUCCGUGAGUAUGUUUCUGGAUCAGAAGGAAUGUCAUUCUGAAACACUACAGAGGCGAACCCUGCUCUGAGGCGUCCUCCUGCAGUGUACAUCACGAGACAACUUCGACUCACAGCCAGCCGAAAAGAGAAGCGAGACACGGUGCAGUUGUGCUGUAUAUGCAGAGUCAAGGCUUGAGAAGUGAACAGUGGGAAUGUUUUUUGGUAAAUAAUGCUGUGGUGUUAAAGGUCGAUGCUUCCUUGUGACCUCAUACAGUAAAUAUGCCAGGAAAUGAGUCAGACGAUGACUCUUAGGAUCUUGGGUUAGUCCUUUUGAGAAGGUGAGUAUGUGCUGAUCUGUGAUCAGUUACUGGUUGACUUUGGCUUUCUGCUUGAAUUGGUGUGUGAACACCAUCUGGUGGUGAAGGUGGAGAAAACAGAGCCACCAGCAGACAUGCUUAUGUUAAUGGAUGCACAUCUCCAUCUGCUGGAGCAAAUCAGAACUAGAUUAUUAACAGUUUUAUUUUACAGAAUCAACACCUAUUAUACAGCAUUUCAACAAUAUUGCCCUCAGAAUUGAGAUUUUUCUUAAUAGAAUUACACAAAAAUGUUUGUGAACAUUUGAAGUGUCUUGCGUAUUAUUAACAAAAUAAAUAAAUUAAUAUAAUGAUCAGAAGUGUGGGAUAUCCAAGAAGGGAUUUUGGGUAAGAUUGCCAGUUUUGCAUGUAUCGUUACACUAAGCAAGACGCUUUGAUGAUGUAAUAAUUUAAUAACUGCAUAAUUAAGGAACAAAAGAUGAUAGGGCGUGCUGUUAUAGGAAAAUAAUAAUCAGCAGGGUGGUGCGAUGUUAGCACAUCUUGAAGUGUUUUAUUUCUGUUAAACAACAUCAAUUUGCCAACACUCAAAAUAUUUUAUUUAUUACAGAACAUCAUGUCAUACUAUAUAUCCAUUUGUAGUUACCUUUAAAGUUGUGGAAUGCCCACAAAACAAGUUAGCUCCUGUUGUCAAUUAGAUUAUGAACCUCUCUAAUCAAGAAAAAAAAAAAACAAUUUUGUCGUGUUACUGAGAAA